GAGAGAGGAAGGAGGCGUUGGCUGAGGAGGAAGAGGGAGGAGGGGCAGGGAAGUUCUGGUGGAGAAGAAGCCGUAGACGCCGAAGAAGACAACAGGAGGAUACGGCGGAGUUCCUCACUGUCCAGUGGCCUUUCCGGAUCCUUCUAGUUACAAGCCGGUUAGGAACGGAGGAAAGGAGGAAGAGUCUUUUAUGUCGGAGGACAGAGAGAGAAGCUCUAUCCGUCACCGUUGCCUCACAUCCGGGACUUUGGACGGCAGGCUCCGCCCCCUUGCACCUUUCAAGGCUACGGGAGGCGGAGACCUCGUUAAAUCUCCUUAAAGGGGUGGGUACCGAACUCGGCCGACUCCAACGCCAGCCUUAAAGGGGACAGCCGAAGCUGACAAACAACUCCAGCUGGAAGAAUUGGGGCAAGUGGAGUUUUCCUACCUCCUGCCCCACGCAAGAAGUUCAUUAAAUUCAUCUUAAAGGGGAAGUGACAGCCUGUGAAGGGCUAGAAACUUAACUGCGCUCUCUAAAAAGGGACGACUCGCUGUUUGAAGGCCUCUGGACUCUUUAAAGGGGUGGCCUCUUUCAGCCGGAGGACUUGAGACACUUUUAAAGGGGAAGUCGUGCUUUCCGCCCCUUUUAAAGGGGUGGUCCUUCCUCUUCCUCUGGGAGACUUGCCUCGACCCCUGGCACGGGGCCGCCACCGCACUAGACCAGCCGGACACGGUGGAGUCGUCUUAAAGGGGCCGGGGGCUGGACAAUUUGAGGCCUCGCCUUAAAGGGACGGCCGCCCAGUUUUAGUCGUCGCGGCCCCGCCAGCCCUACAGGGGGGGCCUUCAAGCUUGUCGCCCCGGGGGCGGCGCCGGCUCUCUGGGCCUUGGCCUUGGGGCAAGCCAGAGGCCAGCGGAUCCUGUUUUAAAGAGGAAGCCGGAGCUCUCCCGUCCCUGUGCAAGCGCCAGCGCCGCGCUCGCGACCCGGGGCCUGUGGACAGGCCGCUUCGGGCCCCGCCGCCUCCGGAUGCGGCGCUGAGGGCCGUCACCAUGGAGACGGCCGCGGCCCCAGGCCCGGGCUGGGCAGCUGAAGGGGAGCGGCGACGAAGACGCUGCUCGCGGCGAGACCGUGAUCGGGAGCAGCGGCGCCGCCGAGGUCCAGGCGGUGACGCGCCCCGGGCCUUGUUGGCCGCCCCGCGAGGCUCUUCAUCAUCCUCGUCACCGCCGCCGCCCGCCCGUCCCUGGUCGUCAGCUUCAUCUGGAGAGCGGCCUGGGGGCCUACGACGGCGGCGGCCCCGACCCAGGCCUCGACCCCCGAGACCGCGAGCUCGGAAGCGGCCUGCCGGUUCGGGCAGCCGCGGAGAGGAAGAGGACGAGGAGGAAGAGGGGGGCGCAGACGACGGAGAAGCCGAGGAGGAGCCUGAGGAGGAGGAAGAGGAGGAAGACCUGAUCGAUGGUUUUGCCAUCGCUAGCUUUGCCAGCCUUGAGGCCUUGCAGAAGGAUGCAUCUCUUCAGCCCCCAGAACGACUGGAACAUCGGCUGAAGCAUUCUGGGAAACGGAAGAGGGGGGGCUCCAGUGGGGCCACUGGGGAACCAGGGGACAGCUCAGACCGUGAGCCUGGCCGACCCUCUGGGGAUAGGCCCCGUAAAUGGCCCAAUAAGCGAAGAAGGAAAGAGGCCUUCUCCCGUCACUCUCUGGAAGCUGGAUAUAUAUGUGACGCAGAAAGUGAUCUGGAUGAGAGGGUCUCCGAUGAUGACCUCGACCCUUCCUUUACUGUCUCGACCAGCAAAGCCUCGGGUCCUCAUGGCACCUUCAAUGGGAACUGUGAAGCAAAACUGUCUGUGGUCCCUAAAGUGUCGGGCCUGGAGCGGAGCCAAGAGCAGCCCCCGGGGCCUGACCCGCUGCUAGUGCCUUUCCCCCCAAAGGAUCCACCACCUCCACCAGCCCCUCGGCCUCCUGUCUCAUCCCCUACACCCUUACCAGCUACCCCCAGUCUGCCACCCCCACCCCAGCACCAGCUGCAGCUUCGGGUCUCACCUUUCGGCCUCCGAAGUUCUCCCUAUGGCAGCAGCCUGGACCUCAGCACUGGCAGCUCUUCACGGCCGCCCCCCAAGGCCCCGGCCCCUCCCGUGGCUCAGCCUCCCCCCUCAUCAUCCUCUUCGUCCUCCUCCUCCUCAUCUGCCUCUUCCUCGUCCGCGCAGCUCACCCACCGGCCCCCGACGCCCUCACUGCCCCUGCCUCUGUCCACCCACAGCUUUCCUCCCCAUGGGUUGCGCCCACCACCACCCCACCACCCUUCCUUGGUUUCCCCUGGCCCCACCCUGCCCCCACCCCCACCUCUGCUGCAGGUGCCAGGGCACCCUGGGGCCUCAGCUGCUAACGCCCUUUCUGAGCAGGACCUGAUCGGCCAGGACCUGAACUCACGCUACCUGAAUGCCCAGGGUGGCCCUGAGGUGGUGGGAGCAGGGGGCUCGGCCCGGCCCCUGGCCUUCCAGUUCCACCAGCACAACCACCAGCACCAGCACACCCACCAGCACACCCACCAGCACUUCACUCCCUACCCCCCGGGCCUGCUGCCUCCCCACGGCCACAUGUUUGAGAAAUACCCAGGAAAGAUGGAAGGCCUUUUCCGACAUAAUCCGUACAUGGCCUUCCCUCCCGCUGUUCCCGGGCUCCCUCCCGGUCUCCCACCAGCUGUCUCCUUUGGCUCCCUGCAGGGGGCCUUCCAGCCCAAGAACACGAACCCUGAGCUGCCACCACGACUGGGGCCAGUGCUGAGCGGGCUACCCCAGAAGGGGACACAGAUCCCUGAUCAUUUCCGGCCACCUUUGAGGAAACCAGGAAAAUGGUGUGCCAUGCACGUUCGUGUGGCUUACAUGAUCCUGAGACACCAGGAAAAGAUGAAGGGUGACUCCCACAAGCUUGACUUUCGGAACGACCUCCUACCCUGCCUUCCAGGGCCCUAUGGGGCCCUGCCCCCUGGGCAGGAGCUCUCCCACCCGGCCUCCCUCUUCACUGCGACUGGAGCCGUCCAUGCUGCAGCCAAUCCUUUCACGACAGCUCCUGGGGCCCAUGGACCCUUCUUGAGCCCCAGUACCCACAUUGAUCCCUUUGGGCGUCCCACAAGUUUUGCCUCCUUGGCUGCUCUCUCCAACGGGGCCUUUGGAGGCCUGGGCAGCCCCACAUUCAACUCCAGCGCCGUCUUUGCCCAGAAAGAAAGCCCAGGAGCCCCACCAGCCUUUGCCUCCCCACCAGACCCAUGGGGCCGCCUGCACCGCAGUCCUCUUGCCUUCCCUGCUUGGGUCCGACCCCCUGAAACUGCCCGGACACCAGGCUCAGAUAAGGAGCGACCUAUAGAGCGAAGAGAGCCCUCUGUCACCAAGGAGGAGAAGGAUAGGGACCUCCCUUUCUCACGGCCCCAGCUUCGAGUUUCUCCUGCUACUCCUAAGGCCAGGGCUGGCGAGGAAGGAGCCCGGCCAGCCAAAGAGUCUGUGCGGGUAAAAGAAGAGCGGAAAGAAGAGGCUGCUGCUGCUGCCGCCGCUGCUGCUGCCGCUGCAGCUGCUGCUGCUGCUGCUGCCGCUGCUGCUGCUGCAACCACUGGGCCUCAAGGUCUUCACUUGCUUUUGGAGAGGCCCCGGCCACCCCCAUUUCUUGGCCCUAGUCUGCCAGAGCGCUGUGCAGGCUUCCCAGAGCCAACCUGGUUGGCAGGGCCCCCACGCCUGGCCAGGCCACCACGCUUCUAUGAGGCAGGUGAGGAGUUGACUGGACCAGGGGCCAUGGCUGCUGCCCGCCUCUAUAGUCUAGACCCUGCUCAUCCACUGCUAUACAGCCGUUUAGCUCCUCCACCACCACCUACUGCAACUCCAGGAACCCCUCACCUUCUCAGCAAGACCCCACCAGGAGCCCUUUUAGGAGCACCACCACCUCUUGUGCCCGCCCCCCGGCCCAGUUCCCCACCUAGGGCCCCUGGCCCAGCCCGGGCUGACAGGUGAGGAGAGGUGAGGGGCAGGGGCAAAGCUCCACCCCCUUUCCCCAUACCUUGUGACAAAAGUCCUAGGGCUGAAGUUUUUAAGCCAGGGUUGGAAGGCAAAGGUCACAAUUUCAUGGUCAUCUCUGAAGUCAUGGACCUGGGAAUAGAAUCCCCAGACCCCUCCCCCACGCAAGUAUCUCGUGGACUGUUGGGUCACUGGGAGGACAGAGGUCACUAGCCUCUAGAGAGAAGUGCGUGCGUGUGCAUGAGGGGGUCAUUUCAGAGGUUAUGGCUCAUGACUUAAGGUGCACCAAUGCCCCCUCUAAGGGCCUCUAGGCCCUUGGCCUGCCUCCCCAAGGGCUCACUAAGCCAGAGGCCAAAGUGCCCCCCCUCCUUUCACCUACCACCCAAGUUCUCAUGCCCUCCGAGGGCUGAGGAAGGAGGAACUAAAGGAAUAGGGGUUCCAUGUACAUAUUUAUCACCCCUUCCACAAAUCCCCCAGACCUUUUGUACAUUUUUACAGGGGUGCCCCUCCCUAUAAUUCCCUUCCUGGUUAAUUAAAUCCUCAGACUGGUGCUGUGUUCCUAGCCUCUGGCCUCUCUAUAGGGGUAGGGUGUCCCAGGGAAGAGCCUGGAGAGGACAGGCAGGGACCCAGGGCUUGACCCUGGGUAUGUGGGAUCCAGAAGGAGGUAGACCAACGGGGAAAGGGACCUAGAAUCUAAGCUGGAGGAAAGAGCAAUAGGACCUGGCUGUCAGCCCAGGCUUCUCUAGACUUGUUCCUAUUAAUUCUGUGUGGCCCACAGCUCUAAGAAGGCUCAGCCUUUAAGCUUCAGAUUCCACCUUUUAAUGGCUAAGUCCCUACCACCACCCCAUUUCUAAGUGCCCCCAGGAUUCCUGGGCCCUGUUCCACAGAAGCCUGUCCCAAACUAAGGGAGGGAGAGGUGGCCAGAGAAGGCCACCGUGAAACACACACCAAAGAAGGGGGUUGGUUCAGGGGUGGGCAACAUAGGCAGCUUCUUUAGCAGCCUCCCAGCAGCAGCCCCAGGCUUCCCAAAGCAGCAGGCACCUCCAGGCUGGGCCCCAUAGAAGGCAGGGCUCAGUUUAACAAAACCAUAACGUUGACUUUUUCCCCAGUGGGGCUUAUUCUGUAACAUGACUUGCGAAUAUUUAUAUAAAAAUGAGUGUUACAAUGAGAUACCCCCUA